AUGGAAAGAGCUAGACAAAAAAUGAUGGAAAGACAGCAACAAAGAGAACAGGAAAGAAGAUCACAGUCUCCUGUGAACUUGCUAUCCAUUAUCAUGAUAAUGUCUAUCAUCAUGAGUUUUGUAAGCGAAACAUCAGCUAUUCCUCAUAUGUAUUGCAUCAACAAUACAGUGUUCGUCGAACCGGAUAAACAUAACGCGAUGAUGUGUGCAGAUUCGGACUGCUUUAAUAUAAAGGCAGAAGAACUGAAAACACAAUCAUUUAAGUUACGGGCCAUACCCGGAAAACUAAUGGCAGAUGUUAGAUUGAUCUCCCCCGAAGGAACAGUAACAAUCCGGUGUAAGAGAGAUCAAAUUUGCUCAAAGGCAUACCUUUUAUCAAGGAAUUUGAUUGGAAAUCCCGAUUGUUGGCCUAUAGGUGCUCAAAUAUCCGCAUUUAUACUAAUUACACUAGUGACCGCCAUAUCACUACCGUUAAUACGAUUCGGGAUACAAUAUCUAAGAAAUGCGAACGUAAUAAGUCAAGCUCGUAUAGGUUGGAGAAGAACUCAGGAAAUAGCCAGAAACAUAAGAAAUUUAAGAGGGUCAAGAACCUCCGAAGUUGAAAUGGUUACGUUCCCUAGUGCUCCACCUGAUAGCCCAACUCCACCAAAGCCAGCAAGAUAUUUGGCUAUGGAAAGAGAAGGCAAAACGAAAUCACCUCAACCUUUGCCAAUGGUCUUCGAAGAAGAAGAAUCCAGGGAAGGAAGAAGUUGGGAAGAAAAUGAUCCAACGUAUGAUCAACCUCAACCAGAAGUGGAAUAUGCAAACAUGCCACCCCAACGAGAAGCUAAGAGCGAUCCUCCAGUACCCAAGCAUGGGAGGAAGUUGAGAAAAUCCAAAACUUUCACAAAGCUGUCCAUGAUGACGCUUAUUAUUUGCAAUUUGAUUCCUAUUAUAUUAGGAUGUCAAGAUGCUCAUAUUAGACGUGUAUCAGAACUCAAAUGUGACAAUCGAAC